CUAGACAUGGAUUUGGGCGCAAUGUUAUCACGAAUUGGAAAUGGAAACGUGGAUGAAGUAGAGAGGUAUUUGCAAGCUUACAACACGGAGUUAAUGAGGACGUAAAGGUGUGUGAGAGCAGGAUACAGCGCAGAGACUGUACGUGCUCCAGGAGCAGGGCAAGGUCUUCCCGACAACGCCCUCGUCGUCUCCAUUUCCAGGGUGCACACAACUAGUCUUCUACUGCUGUAUGUUGGUGCAUAACUGCAGGACAUUCACCUUUGACCCCAAAGAAGAGGCAGCCCGAAUUAAGCUGUGCCAGGGUGUGCUCACGGUACUCACCCGUUCCGCCCAGCCCCGGUAUCUGUGCACCUGUCUGGAGACCAUGCGCAUCCUCUCCCGUGACAAGCAUGUCCUGGGGCCUGUAGCUACCCGGGAGGGCAUCCUCACGCUGGCAGGCCUGGCCCAGAUCCGGCUUCCAGACGCCGACAGGCAGGCUGCACGGGAGGCAGAGUCAUCGGUGGAUGAGCAGGUGGUGGUGGAAGCCCUCAAGUGCCUGUGCAACGUGAUGUUCAACAGCAUGGCGGCCCAGCAGGUGGGUGUGGACAUUCGGUUGGCGCAGGAGCUGUGCGCCCGCAUGCGCUCGUCAGGCUCCACCCACCACGAGGUGAGGCUCUUCUCGCUCCGCCUGCUGUUCCUGCUCUCCGCCCUGCGGCCGGACAUCCGGGGAGGCUUGUGCACAGAAACGGGUGCCGUCGGCCUGCUCACCGACGUGCUGGAACGCAUCCUGGACAUCGGCUGGGCGGGGCCUUAUGAAGUCACGCCCCCUGAUGGCCAUACCCCACCUAUUCCGCCGGAGAAGGUCGAGCAGACAAUGGAAGCCCUUAAAGCUCUGUUCAACGUCACUUUAUCAAACUCCAGCGAUGAGCACAGUGACCACCAGUUGCGGCUUAUCGCAGCUUUAAUGAGGCACAUUUUGAUGCUGAGGGCUCAGACAGAGGAGAAGACUGAGGAGGUUCAUAGCCACGCCAUAAACCUCCUCAGCAACCUCCCCAUGUCCUGCCUGGACGCUCUGAUCCACGUGCCUGUUCAGGGAGGCCUGGAGAAAUACGGAGGCAAGAAUAUGGAUGCUGUGCAGGUGCUUGUGGACUUCAUGGAGAAGAGGAUUGACAAGGGGUCCAACUACAAAGAGGGCCUGACGCCAGUACUCAGCCUGAUGACGGAAAGUUCCAGAUACCACAGGGAGAUCCGCAGAUACCUCAAAGCUAAGGUUCUGCCACCUCUAAAAGACGUGAAGGAAAGGCCCGAGGUCGGCAGCACCGUGCGGAACAAACUGGUGCGCCUCAUGACCCACGUGGACAUGGGCGUGAAGCAGGGCGCGGCCGAGUUCCUCUUCGUCCUUUGUAAGGAAAGUGUGGACAACCUGCUGAAGUACACGGGCUAUGGCAACGCGGCGGGGCUCCUGGCGGCCCGGGGCCUGCUGGCAGGGGGCAGGGGCGAGACGGAGUACUCCGCAGACGAAGACUCUGAUACAGAGGAGUACAAAUCGGCAAAACCAUUCAUUAACCCAAUCACAGGACACAUCGAGGAGCCGAUGCCCAACCCGGUGGAAGACAUGACGGAGGAACAGAAGGAGUUCGAGGCUCAGAAGCUUGCCAACAUGAUCGGGGAGUUGUCACGGCAGCAGCUGAUCAGGCCAAUGGGAGUGAGGAAGGAUGGCUCACUAGCACCCCUAGAGGAGGCUAUCCACACAUGCCAGGUUGCUGAUGGCAGCGAGUCCGAUUCAGACUAGCAUGAGCCGGUCUUGCUCACUCGGGCACCGAGGAACGCCCCUCCCCCCCUCCCAACCCCACACGCACACCCUCAGGGAAGUGCAUCAAGUCCGACACCAUUCCGUGUCGGUCCCGGACAACGAUGGAGUUUUCCACGGAGGCAGCGGGAAUGUGCUGUCCGGGAACUUUUGUCCUUUUGUCUUGGUACGUCGAAGAUCUCCUGGGUCACUAGCAGGCCUUAGAGGUUUAGUUUCCUUAUCCAAGGUGCGUUGAAACGUUCAGAUAAAGCUAUGAGGGAGAUCAUAGAAAUGUAUACUGUCAAACAAACACCACCUUCUGUAUCUUUUUUUUGUUUGUUUUUGUUUUUUUUAAUUGGUUGCUGUUGGUCCUUUCUUUGCGCGGGGAGGGAAUUCUGUGCCUCAUUCCUAUGGGCCAUAAAUACCUAAAGUUCAUAACAAUUAAUAAUCCUAUUUUAAUCUGAUAUAAUAGCCAUUUGUGAGCAUUGGUCCAGAUUGGAUGUCUUCUGUAGGUGGAUUGUAGAUUGUCUAAAGACAGAGACGUGGGCUCUACACAGUAAGUGUAAGUUUAGGGCCCUGAUUCAGUGUUGCUUCUAGAGACACGUUUAGAAAGAGCGAAGAUGAGAGAAGCUAUGAAGUGGUUUCCGAUGUGUGCAGGGGACAGCUUGGUAGUCUAUAAAAGUCACAAGCAGCACUGGGGAUGCAAAAGUUGGUUCGCUCAAUAUUGCACGCAGUAUUGUAACAUCAUCAUAGUGGCCUUAAAGUAGGAUUUAAUAUGUUGCGGUCCACUCUACCUUAUAAAUGGAUGUUAGUCAAUAUAAUGUACUAACCUUAUGUUUUCUGAAGAGGGUUGGCUGUAAAGUUCAACUUGCUAAUUUCUGUUCACUCCAGCACCAAAAAAGAAGUAUGAACUGGUAAAUGGGCUGAGUGACUAUUUUUUUAGACACUCCACUGGUUCUUCAGUUACAGCUCUUGGGAGUGCCGUCUGGUUAGAGCUUUUAACCAGAAUGAUCCUCACUUGUCGUUUUCAACAAACAUGCCAUAUUUGCUUAUGUUUAUAUCUGUAACGCUGGCUUAACCAUUUUCUACACAGAUAAAUGCAAGACACCUAUUACACAACAUAUACCACAAA